AUGCGGCGUGCAGCUGCUCCGUCGUCUGCUUCGGUCACCAUCCGGGCAUACAACCCUGAGACCGAUGCCCUGGCUAUCCACGCGCUCCUCACCGACGCCUUCGACACACCCGCCGAGGCCGACCUUAUGGCGGCCGUCCUUGCCGAUGCCGUCAGCGACGACGAUGACAACAACGAUCAGCGCACCGGGACCAACUACAGCCUGCAGUGCUACGCCGCGGUGGCAACAAGUGCGACUGACACUGUCAUCGGAACCGUCCUCUUUUCGCCGGUCACCAUCACUGCCGCAGAUGGCUCUGUUGUCGCCGUCGCAUGGGGCCUCGGCCCGAUCGCCGUGGCAGAGUCGGCCCGCGGAUGUGGGGUGGGCCAGCGACUGGCGUUCGCGUGGAAAGAUGCUCCAGACGCAGCGGGCGUGCCGGCCAUCGUCGUCCUCGGCGCCAGAGCGUACUACCACGACAAGCUCGGCUACGACACCGCUCCAGACUGGGGCCUCCGCUUCUCUUCGGUAGAGCUCGACGAGCACUUUUUCAUUCUCCCUCUUGAUGCCGAUGCCCUCGCCGCCGCCGGUCUGGUCCGAGGUGCAUCGCCGGCAGGCUCCUUUGCCGCCUCGUACCACCCAGCCUUUGACGCCGUCUGA